UGAGUCUGAGAGCGUACAAACAAAAAGCAGCAAAAACAGCAACACUGCCACUUGAGCAGUAAGCACUAAGCAGUGUGAGCACACACACUUAAGCACAAAUCCCUCACAAUCCCAACUCUCUGUUUACACAAAUCCCUCUGUUUUUUUUUUUUGUUUUUUUUUCAUUUCCCAUCAGAUUUUAAGAAGAAAUUAAAUCAAUGGAAGGAAAAGGAUCAUCAUUAGUCCAUUUAUUAGUGAUCGUUCUGAGCUUGGUGGCUUUUGGAUUUUCCAUCGCUGCUGAACGCCGCCGAAGUCAUGGCACUCUUGUCACUGUUGAACAUACGAAUCGCACAUACUGUGUUUAUAGGUCAGACGUUGCAACUGGAUAUGGUGUGGGUUCUUUCUUGUUCCUUCUUUCAGGUCAGUCUAUACUUAUGGGGGUGACAAAGUGCAUGUGCUUUGGAAGGCCUUUAGCUCCUGGUGGAGAUCGUGCUUGGGCCAUCAUCUAUUUUAUAUCUUCAUGGAUGACAUUCUUGGUUGCAGAAGCAUGUACAAUAGCGGGUGCGAAGAGCAACGCCUAUCACACUCAGUACAGGGACAUGAUAUAUGCUCAAAACUUUUCUUGUGACACCUUAAGGAAAGGUGUCUUCAUAGCCGGAGCAGUUUUUGUGGUUGCAACAAUGAUUCUUAAUGUGUAUUACUACGUGUACUUCACCAAGGCAACUACUCAACCGGCUCGAAAAUCAGCUCGUACUGGCUCAAAUGUUGGCAUGACCGGUUUCGCAUAAUCUUUACCUAUGAGAGUGGACAAAAUUGAGAAUUCCCUGUUUCCCCCGUAUUAAGUAGAUGUUUUUUUAGGAGGAUGUGGUGCUGUUGGUUUAUAAUCUUUAUAUAACCGUGUAGUCAAAGCAAAAGAACUGAAAAUCUCGUAGGAAAACUGGUCUUUUCUGAAGAUGCAACGCAAGAUGCAUGAAGUAGAAGAAAUGCAGGAGCAUAUGAAGUUCAGGAAAUGCUAGUAUGUUUUUCUUUUCAUUUUUUUAGUAGUGUUCCAGGAUAUUGUAAUUGGAACUUCUACAUUAAAUGAGCAAUCCUGAGUUUUGGCCCGAAAUAUUAUUUGUUAAUCCUAGAAAUCCCUCAUUGAUAAAGAUGUUUUGCUCCCUC